GAAUGACACAGUCCUGUUGCACUGCCUGUGAUAUAUGUGUUAAGAUAAAGGAUCUGAUCAUAUUUAAUUGAACGAUCCACAGCAAGCGUUAUGGAGUAGACAGCAUUCCUUCAUGAGGAAAUGGAUCAGAUUCAGAUAAAUAUGUACAUUUUCAGUAGUUUUAAACGUGCCUUCAUUAUUGCUGUGGCAGUCCAUUGGCAACAUACCUGCCCUCACAUAGACUGACCAAGGAGCUUCUCUAACUCGGUGCUCCGGAUGAUGAUGAUGAUGCAUUUAGAGUAAUGUAGGGUAAGGCCCAAUUAAAAUGAGACUAGCUCCAGACUAACUAAUCUAAAUUAAUGGCACUCAUCUCCUGCACCUGUUUGCAAAGCGGUAACCAGCUGUUCCCUGCAGGCAUUAACCAAGAGAGUUAACAGCUCAAGAUGUGUAGUUUUGAGCAAAUAAAGGCUCUGGUUAUGGUUUGGGCCUUAACUGUAUGUUAUUACUGGGUAUAAUAAGUCUGCUACUCAUAUUUUUCUGUAAACAAGGGGACAUUUCAGAGAGGCAAACACUGCCAUUGAGGCAUUUGAUUGUGCAUUUGGUAAACAGUUUGAAUGAGAUUAGAUUGGAUGUUUUAAAAAGCACACACAGUCUGGUGAUGUUCUGGUUACUACAUUUGUAAUUACAGGGUUUUAACGAGUAAAGCUAACUAAGAAUGAAAACAGUGUUGUUGACAGCUUCAUUUGUAAUUGACUGCAGUCAGCUAUCAUUGUAGUCUCAAUAGUGUACGUGCAUUUUAUAGCUGUCUACUGGCUGCCACUCCCUGUGCCUGGUUCUGCCAGAGUUUUCUUCCUGUUUUCCUUCCCACUGUUGCCAAGUUCUUGCUCAAAGGUGGUCAUCUGCUUGUUGGAAUCUUUACAUUACAGUUUGACGCGACUACUGUUGUGAUUUGGCAGCAUAAAAAUAAAACUGAAUUGAUUUAUUGCUCUGUUAACAGCCAUAAUCACAUGACACAGAGGAGAUAGGUUUCUUAUUUUAGCUGUAAUUUCUGUUACUUAUUACAAUCAGUGGAUCAGGUGACCCUGGGAGUCCUGUGAAGCAUGGGGGGUCAGCUUUAAAAAGUCGAAGGCGUGCUUGAAAACACAUCCUGUUGCUAACUGUGGCAUAUGGGACAGAUGGAAAUAGGGAAGCUGGCACACAAAGAUUAUUCGAGGUGACUAGAAAGGCUUCCUCACAGUAAAUCGUGCAGCUUGUCUCUAACUGUAAUAUAAUAUGUGGAAGUGAAAAAUAAGAUCAGCAAAUAAACAGCUGAACUGACAGUGAGUAGUUUGGAUUGACCUACUUUCAGUUGCCCUGCAGGUUUGUUAGAAACUGGUGAAAUAUGAUAGCAGUGAGAGGUGGUUCAGACAUGCUUUUUGGGCCUGGGCCUUAUUUUGCAGUUAAAUUCAGAGAAGUCAGUAUGCUGCUUAUUCCUAGACGGAAAAAGUACAUAUCUUACUUAUAGUAUGUUGAGAUGAAAUUAUUUGAAGUGCCUCAAUUAUAUGCUUUAUAUUAACUAAAGUGUCAUAUAAUUAUAUAGUGUAGUAUUAAGUGGACAUGGCCCUGAAAAAUAAAGGCAUUAAACUAUUUGUCCUUGGGGAGUGGAAUGCUGUAGACUCUCACCCUGGGAAAAAGUAGAUAACAGGGGACCAUCUUCGACCAUCUUCUAGUGGAAAGUUACUGAAACACUGUUGUUUAGACUAGAAUGAGAGAGCUGGUAAUAAAACUGUUAGGGGCGCACCACCAUUUUCAGAUCCGCUGUCAUGCAGGAUGCAUCUCCCUUCUGGAAGUAUUGUGUAAGAGAAUAAAAGUGUGAAUGGUCCACUGAGCAGUGUGUUGUCUUCCAUCGGAUGCCUAUGAGGAAUCAAAAGAACUCGCUGGUCAUCAGGUGCUGGGUUGGCUUUCCACAGAACUGCAAUGCUGAGAAGAGGCAGAAAUCGACGCGCUCGGCAUUUGGCCUGGAAUCAAACCUGGCAAGAGACAGAUGCCAUGGCUGUGAUCCAGUCAUCAGACAGAGAGGAGCAGGAGGGUCAAACAGUCGCACAGGUUUUGACUGGGUGUGGGAUGAUCACUGUAAGUCCUCUGGAGCCUUUCUGAGCUGUGACAACAGGAAGGUGAGCUUUCAUUCAGACUACAGCUGCGGCACCGCUGCAAUCCGUGGCAACAAGGAGCUCGCAGACGGCCAACACUACUGGGAAAUCAAGAUGACCUCCCCUGUCUACGGGACAGAUAUGAUGGUGGGAGUUGGGACUUCAGAGGUGAACCUGGAGAAGUUCAAGUACAACUUUGGCAGCCUGCUGGGCCAUGAUGAAGACAGCUGGGGGCUCUCCUACACCGGUCUGUUCCAGCACAAAGGGGACAAAAUAAAAUUCUCUUCUCGGUUCGGUCAAGGCUCAAUCAUUGGAGUGCACCUGGAUACGUGGCACGGCACCCUCACCUUCUACAAGAACCGGCACUGCAUAGGUGUGGCUGCAACAAGGUUACACAACAAGAAGUUGUACCCCAUGGUGUGCUCCACAGCAGCCAAGAGCAGCAUGAAGGUGAUGCGGGCCUGCUAUACACCCACCUCCUUGCAGUACCUUUGCUGUGCAAGGCUGCGCCAAAUGUUGCCGUGCUGCCCAGACCUGUUUAAUGCCCUGGAUCUGCCCCCCGGCCUGCGUGUCCUCCUCCACAUACAGCUGGGCUGGGUCUUCAGUCUCAGCAGCAGUCCCGAACCCUCAGAGGAGCAGGAGGAUUUCGGCAAGACGAGCCUACCUUCGAGCCCCUCCCCCAACCCGAGCCCGAGCCCGGUAUCCAGUGCCUGUGCCUCCCCCAGCCCCUGCACCAGUCCGAUUCCCAACACGGACCCUUACCCGUCACCUCAAACUCAUUCCAGCGCUUGCAGCUGUCCCCCAACUCCUCCCAGCAGUGACUACGAGAGCUGCUGCUCCGAGCCGGAAGAUUAUCAGUGCAAAAGGUGCCGUUGGACUUGACCACGUGGUCCAGCGGAGGAGAUGUUUGACAAAAAAGAACGAAAGAAAGAAAGAAAAUUGGCACACAGCUUUUCUACCGUUGCCACAAAUUUCUCCUUUUGUUGAUCACAGAGAGAUAUUUUAGCCAACAUUUGAGUGGAUCGUUGCUUAUUUGUUUGCGAUGUAACAAGUAUUUGUCUUCCACAUAAUGUUGAAAUGAACAAGAACAAAGAAGUGUGUGUGUGUGCGAGUGAGAGAUGAGGCCUGCUGCCAUUUAAAGAGCUUAGACUCAGAGAGAGAAGAGGCAAACAAAAGGUAAACUUCUAGAAAGCCGUAGACUCUGGAAGGAACAGAGGUGCUUUUUGAUACUGUGAAAUCGACUUUUUGUAAACGUGUUUUGUAAUCGCCAUUUUGCUUAAAUGUCAACGGUAGCUCUGCGCUGCACUCCGCAGUUUUUUUUUGUUUCAUUUUCUAUUUCCAGUUUUUGCUACUUUUCGUUAUGGAUUUUCUUACUCAGGUUCAUUCUUUAAAAUAAAACCAAAAAACAAGAAAGUGCCUGCUUCAGCUUAUUUAUUCUAGACAGAUUCAUACAUAUACAUACAACUUAUACAGCUUAUAUAUCUCCUAUUUAUACACAAAAAGCUGUGCUGAAAAACAGUCAUCACAUUAUUCCCUGUACUCCAGAUUAUAUUCUGGUAAUCUAUACAUUUGAUCUGCAGGAGUUAAAAUGAGAAGAAAAAGUGCUUUUCCUGGAAAGUAAAUCUCAAAUCCAAGGCA